AUUGUCAGGAUGAAGGCCACACCAGGAAUUGACUUGAUUAUCAUAAACGCUACGGUGGCUACGGCCUCCGAUGUAGUCCCAAACCAGGAUAUCGCCAUCUCCGACGGGAAAAUCGUCCUCCUGGGGCAGAACCUCCCGGCACUCUUCCCCGGUGCUGACACGAUCGAUGCAGAAGGCGCAUACGUGACCCCCGGUGGUGUCGAUAGCCAUGUACAUUUGCAGCAGGACAACUCCCCAACCGGGGACACCUGGGAGUCAGGGACUCGAUCGGCCAUUGCGGGAGGUACGACGACAGUGUUGGCAUUUGCAAGUCAGAAGCGGACGGAUGAGAGUCUAUUUCCGGUCGUCGAAGAGUAUCAUCGAAGGGCCAACGGCCAGGCGUACUGCGACUACGGCUUCCAUCUGAUCUUGACCAAUCCAACCCCAACAGUCCUCGACGAGGAGCUGCCUGUCCUAGUGCACGAGGGUGGCAUCAGCUCUGUCAAGCUGUACAUGACCUACCAGCCAAUGCGCCUGGGAGAUCGAGAGAUCCUCGAUGUCAUGGAGACCACGCGACAGCUGGGAAUGACGACCAUGGUGCACGCAGAGAACCAUGAGAUGAUCCAAUGGAUGACCGAGAAACUCGAGGCGCGUCGCCGGACCGAGCCAUAUGGCCACGCGCUCGCACGUCCCAACAUUGCGGAAGACGAAGCAACGUACCGUGUCAUCUCUCUGUCCGAACUGGCCGAUGUUCCCAUCCUGAUAGUCCACAUGUCCUCGAAGCUGGCUGCAGCCCAUGUGCGGGCGGCCCAGACUCGGUUGCUGCCAGUCCAUGCGGAAACGUGUCCCCAUUAUCUGUUCUUCACAAGUGAGAAGCUAAAGGGAGAGAAUUUUGAAGGGGCCAAAUGCGUGUGCUCGCCGGCGCUGCGGGAGGAUCCGAUGGAUCUGGAGGCGAUGUGGGCGGGUCUUGCGAACUCGACCUUCACGACGGUCUCGAGUGAUCACGCACCAUCCAAAUUCGAUCACCCUCUGGGGAAGAAGAAAGGCACAGCCAGCUUCACUCAGAUCCCUAAUGGACUGCCGGGGCUAGAGACACGACUGCCGACGAUGUUCUGCGGAGGUGUGCUUACCGGGCGCAUCUCCAUCCAGAAGUUUGUCGAAUUAACCAGCUCGAACCCGGCCAAGCUAUAUGGACUGGGCAGCACCAAGGGGACGAUACAGCCCGGGUUCGAUGCCGAUCUCACAAUCUGGUAUCCCACGCCAGAACAAGCUGCCUCCCGCGGCAGUACAUCGACAAUGUCACCGUUCCAGCUUUCGAACAGCAUGCUGCAUCAUGACAUCGACUACACGCCGUUUGAGGGAAUGGAAUUCACCAACUGGCCUCGCUAUACCCUUCUUCACGGCCAGACAGUGUGGAACCGGGACGCAGGAGGCGUGGUUGGCAGCAAAGGCGAUGGUACAUUCCUGAAGAGAGGGUCGAGUUCCCUGAGCAGGCCGCGAAACGUGUUUGUCAAUGAAUUCAACCCGUACCUGUAGUUAGUCCUUAAGACACGAAAAGAAGCAUAUCCUCAUGAUAAUGAAUUGUUGAUUGAUGCCGGCAUGCGAGUGUCCGACCCAGAGAAGUUGUAUGAUGGUAAGACCAUAUCAUACACCAAGAAGUAGCACAAAAAGGGUCAAGUAACCCUGAGCAGAGGGCAGAGCCCCAACAUGUAGCGUAAUAGCCAUGAAGACGUAUUGACAGUAUGAAAGCAAUUCACAGAACGAUCGAUCCAGGUAUAAUCCAUGCUGAG